UUGCAAUUGGGCUUCAGCUUACUAGUAGUCUGUUCAGAGUUGGCUUCCCAGAGUAAUUACUACUCAAUUCUAUUCGAAUCAGAGAAACAGAGAUGGAGAGGCGGAUUGAACAUUUCAGCCAUUGGCAUUACUUGUUCCUAGACCAACAGAAACGUAAAGAAGAGGAUCAAGUGACUUGCAAUGGGUGCACAAACAAAAUCUCGGGUGAUUUCUAUGGUUGCACAAAAUGCAAACAUUACGUUUGCAAAUCAUGUGUUGGAUUGGCGCCAGAGAUACAACACCCCUUUCACACCAAACAUCCCCUCACUUUUUUCACUCAAUCACCUUAUAAACACGAAGAAUCUAGGGAUCCUGAUGGUCUAUCUCCUCGUGAUCAACCAGCUUACUGCUAUGCCUGCUGCAAGAAAUGUGACGGCUUCAUUUUCCAUUGUUCUGAAUGUAAAUUUGACCUGCACGUUAAUUGCGCUACGCUGAUGCCCACCACCACCACCAACAACUACAAGGCAAGUGAGCAACAAACGACGCAUCUAUGCUUGCUUGGGUUGUUUGGCAGGAAACCUCAUCCCCUGAUUCCUUGCUAUAGGAAGAACAAGCAGCUUGAUUUUUUGUGCUCAUUGUGCGACCAAGUCAUCAAGGGCACCAUCCAUGCCUGUUUACAUUGCCAUGCUAUGAUGGAUGAAUCAUGUAUACAACUCCCAAAGCAGAUCACACAUCACUUUCUCCCUCAUCGUACUCUCACUCUCAUACCUUCUUUUGAUUUUAAUUGUCAUGUCUGUGGGGUUUCUAAGGAAGGAUUAUACUUCUGCUACAGCUACCACAAUUUUGAGUUUCGGUCAGAAUUUUGUUUGGACGUAAGGUGCGCUUCUCUAAUGCCCAAAGCCAUAAUAGAAAACCACGAGGUUGUUGAGGCACCAUUCACCCACCCGCAUGAUUUGAUUCCAUGUGAUAUCACCAAAGGGAUUUUUAUUUUUUCAUGUUCCGCCUGUGGGCUCUGCAUCGAGGGUACAGUCUACGUUUGUUUUCAAUGCAAGUUUCUUCUGCACAAAUCGUGCGCUGAAUUGCCACUGCGGAUCAAACAUCCCUUUCAUCCACCACAUCCUCUCGUGCUCGAUUACACAAAUUCCUCCGUCAAUUACCAAUGCAAGGCAUGUAAAUGUUCUGUUUUGGGCUUCAAGUACUUGUGUCGUGAGUGUGACUUUGAGAUGGAUGUCACAUGUGCUUCGCUAACCUACUCCACUCUCAAAUUUGAAAUUCACAAGCACCCUCUUGCUAUCUUCAACGACCCUACAUUUACAAAAAGAAAAACGGAUAGCUCGGUUCAGUGCAACAGUUGUGAAAAUUUUAAGGGUUUUCCGUUCUUCCGCUGUGUGCCAUGCGAUUUCAGUAUUAAGUUGUGUUGUUUUAUAAUGUUACCACAUAAAUUUAAACACAGCCAUCACCGACAUUCUCUCACCCUCACUUAUUCUUUCAUCAAAGACUAUUCGGUCGACGACGAGGACUCCGAAUAUUACUGUGACAUUUGCGAGGAAUUAAGAAAUAUGUGGGAGCCAACUUAUUAUUGUGAGGAUUGUCACUAUAUUGCACAUACUAGCUGUGUGUUCCAUGAGAUUCUUUUUUUAGCAGGGAUGGAGUGGCCCCUGUCACUAGAUGAAGAGAUUGUAAUGCUUCAAGCAAAGGUAGAUGCAUUGAGCAUGAAGAUAGGAACAUUAACAUCAACAUUGAAUGAAAUUAAGGAGAGACGUGCACAAUGGACCAAUAAAUACGAAACUUGGUUAAAGGAAAUGAAGGCAAGAAAUGCUGUUGGGGAGCCAAUAAAGGCUAUUGAGGAGAGCUCUAGACACAAUUCAUAUUAUCUCGGCACUAACAUACUAGAUGCAGAAAUUUCAAAGCAUGAAAAAGAGGUAAACCCACUGACAAAUAAAUUAAAGACACUAACAACAAAGUUGGAUGAACUUAAGGAAGGACAUCCAAAGCACAUUGGUGGCUACCAAAUUGGAAGUAUACCUUCACUAGGCAGAAGUAUGAAAAAGGAUGAAGACGAAGAUGUGGGCACGAAGACUAUUAUUGAUGACUCUAAUGAUCAAGUGGUGAAGAAGAUUGCAAUGUUGAAAGUACGGAAAGGGAUGAAGUUGAAGUUGAAGUUGAAGUUGAAGAUGAAGAGUGAUGAUACAUUCCCCACCACCCUUGUCGAGGUAGAUCAACAGAUAAAGGCAGUAACAAAAAUGUUAAAGGCACUAAAAAAGAAACGUGCUCGUCUUGUCUCACAUCUCGUGUUCAAAUGAUGAGUGUUUGACUGGGUUUCAGCAUGGAGUCACCAUGUUGGAGUCUCCGCUGUGACGUUAGAUAUAGGACAUGUUAGUAGAUAUUUUAACUGGAGAGAGAAUUCAUGUGACCGACCACAUUCAUUUGAGAAAGUAAGGUUAAUGAUGAUGAUGGUAGAUAUAUAAACAAAUUGGGUAUUGUGACCUUAACAAAUCGUCAUGUUAGUUCUGAAGCAAGGCCUCGUGCACCUUUAGCACCAUGCAUCUUGACUUGGGUAUUAUCACUUUGUGUUUAAAUGCUCCUUGCUCGAAAUUUAUGUUUGAAAAGUUGGUUAUAUAUAUUAUCACCUAAUGUGUGGAUCCUUUAUUAUUAUUAUUAUUUUUAAUGCUAUUGAUAGGAAGAUGAUGAAUGUUUCAAAGGCUUAAAGCUAGAACUUUGUUCUGUUAUAUAA